CUCAGGUUAAGUAGAUGUUGGAUGAGACCCACAUGUGCCAAUAAAUAGGGCACAAUUCCCAUUGCCAAUAUCGCACAAAUAAGCACGAUUGGUUCUGCUUCUGAACUUGCAGAGCUUUUUGAGUCUUUCGAUUUUAGAAUCUAUAGCCCUAAAGCACCUCUCCUCAUAGUGUCGACAUGGGUUCAAUCCAAGAACGCAACAUUCUGGUAGAGAAAGUGUGCCAGAUUUAUGACAAAAUCUCAAAGCUUGAAACCCUCAAACCCUCCAAAGAUGUCGACACCCUCUUCUCCCAAUUAGUCCUCACAUGCAUCCCUCCCUCUUCCGUCAACAUCUUAACUUUGCCAAAAGAUAUUCAAGAAAUAAGGUCGAAGCUCAUUAGACUGUGUGGUGAAGCCGAAGGCCAUUUAGAGGCUCAUUUCUCCACCCUUUUAGCCACUUUCCAAAACCCUCUUCACCAUCUGGAUGUUUUCCCAUACUACUCCAAUUACCUCAAACUUAGCCGUCUCGAAUAUGACAUCCUCAGUGAACACUGUUCGGCUCAAUCAUGGCCCCCAAAUCGUGUUGCCUUCGUGGGGUCUGGUCCCUUGCCUCUUACUUCGAUCGUCUUGGCUUCUUAUCAUCUCAAGGAGACAACUUUUCAUAACUAUGACAUUGACAGUUUGGCGAACUCUAUGGCUUCUUGCCUAGUUGCGCCUGAUCCUGACUUGUCACGAAGGAUGAUCUUCCACACCACCGAUAUAAUGGAUGUGACAGAUGAGUUGAAGACAUAUGAUGUGAUCUUUCUGGCUGCACUUGUGGGCAUGGACAUCGUUGAGAAGCUUAAAGUGGUCCAACAUCUGGCUGCGUACAUGACUCCAGGUUCCAUCCUGAUGCUGAGGAGUGCUCAUGGUGCUCGAGCUUUUCUUUACCCUGUCGUUGAACCUCAAGAUCUUCGAGGGUUUGAAGUUCUCUCAGUUUUCCACCCCGAUGAUGAUGUUAUUAAUUCUGUUGUGAUCUCACGUAAGUCUCCUAUGAAUUCAAACAUUGCUCAUAAGCAUCAUCAUCAUCAAUUGGGGAUUAAUGAGUCCAUCAUUCCUUCAAGUUGCAAGUACUGUGAGUUCCAAAUGUUUAACAAUCCCCUUAACCACAUGAUUGAGGAGUUGGCAGUUGACGAGUAGAUGGUGGUAAAGAAAAAAUUUCUCCAAAUAUCAGCUCCUCUCAAUCGACCCCCACAAAAACCUAUCACUCUAUGAUUUUAUUUGUUAUAAACCUUUGUAUGCAUGUCUAACAUAUGUGAGUAAAUUUGAAUUUUGUGUAAUCGUAUAAAAAUUUGCAGAAAUAAAAGAACCCUAGCUAGGUUAUGUUUAA